AUGGAGAACCAGAUUCUCGGGUCCGGGGUCCUGGAUGUGUGUGCAUCCUUUGCUACAGGCCCUAGGCAAGAUGAUGGAACAUUCUAUGAAUUUCGUACCUACUAUCUUAAACCCUCAAAAAUGAAGGAGUUCCUAGAGAAUUCUAAGAAAAAUGUUCAUCUUCGGACAGCUCACUCUGAAUUGAUUGGAUAUUGGAGUGUAGAAUUUGGAGGCAGACUGAACACAGUAUUUCAUAUUUGGAAAUAUGAUAACUUUGCUCAUCGAACUGCAGUUAGGAAAGCCUUGGCUCAGGAUAAAGAAUGGCAUGAACAAUUCCUCCUUCCAAGUUUGCCUCUCAUUGAUAAACAAGAGAGUGAGAUUACUUAUCUGGUCCCUUGGUGCAAACUAGGAAAACCUCCAAAACAAGGUGUGUAUGAACUGAUAACCUUUCAGAUGAAACCCGGAGGCCCAGCUCUGUGGGGUCAUUCAUUUCAAAGGGCGAUUCAUGUUCACAUCAACCAGGGUUAUGCAACACUCAUUGGUGUUUUCAAUGCAGAAUAUGGAGCACUCAACAGAGUUCACGUUCUUUGGUGGAGUGAGAAUGCAGAUACUCGUGCUGCAGGCAGACAUCGUUCCCAUGAGGACCCCCGAGUUGUGGCUGCUGUACGGGAAAGUGUCCAAUACCUGGAGACUCAGCAGAAUAUACUUCUGAUUCCUACAUCAUUUUCACCAUUGAAAUAG